AAACGAUUAAAAAAAAAAAAAAAUUUUAUUAAAAGAUUUUCUAUUUCAUUUCUUUCGAUUCCACGUGUCGCGUGUGUUGGUUUUAACGAAGAAAGAAUUAUUUUUUAAAUGAAAAGUGUAGUAAAAUUAAUAUUAAUAUGAAAACUUCAACAAACAAUAGUUUUCGAUAAUGAAUGUUUUAUCCGACGGACGUGAAAAGUGUGAGAACAAAUUGCGGCCUCACAAUUUUAUCUUCUUUCGAGACAAAAGAUUUCUUAAAGUUAUUCGAAAAGAAAUAAUGACAGAGACAAAGGAAGAGGUUGAAGUAACCGAUCUGACCGAGGCGAUCCUAAGAGGGAUACAACUGUAUUAUACUCCGAUAUUAGUAUAUUUGGGUUCUCUUGGAAACUGUCUAUCCGUAUGUGUAUUCUUCGGUACAAAGUUACGACGAUCCUCAUCAAGUAUAUAUUUAGGAGCAUUGGCUAUAAGCGACACUGGAUUUUUAAUAUCAGUUUUUGUGGUAUGGUUGAAUAUGGUGAAUAUUGGUAUUUUUAACGAGCAAGGAUUCUGUCAAUUCUUCAUCUACCUAACAACACUUUGUAGUUUUUUGAGUGUUUGGUUUGUGGUAGCCUUCACCGUCGAAAGAUUCGUCGCUGUUCAAUAUCCUUUUCAUCGUCAAUCCAUGUGUACAGUGGCUAGAGCAAAAACCGUAGUCAUCGGAUUGACAGUUCUUGGUAUUAUGACGUGUAGUCCAACUUUAUGGUUUUCGAGUCCUCGUUUAAAAAUAUCAAAUACAAAAAAUGUGACGGAAUGUCUUGUCGCUGAGGGUUGGGAGUCCUCAGCGACUAUUUUCAAUUCGAUCGACGCGAUACUAACUUUCGUUGUACCUUUUACCGUAAUCGUCGUAUUGAAUAUACUCAUCGCACGUGCUAUCUAUAGACUCGCCAAAGUAAGGAGAAUACUGACUACCGAAUCAAGGGCUUCGCAGGAUCAAAUGUCCUGUUCUCAAAGUCCUCGAAAUACCUUCGCUCAAAGUAAAAUCACUAAAAUGCUUCUCAUCGUAUCCACAGUUUUUCUCUGUCUCAAUCUGCCGGCCUACGCUAUCAGAGUACAUGCUUUUCUAUACGCGGACAACAAUCCACCGCGAUCGAUAGAGUUGGCGCAACAGGUGUGCAACUUGUUUUUCAACACCAAUUUUGGAAUAAAUUUCAUUCUUUAUUGUACCACCGGACAAAAUUUUCGCAGUGCAAUGAUUCGUAUGUUUUUACGGCGUUCCCACGGAAAAAAUGACGCUGCCGGGCGCAUAUCAAAUCAUGGAAAUAUUGUUUCAGAAUUAGCUCGCAAUAAUACUUUAACGAGCCGUCAAAAAGCACCUAUGUUUACUAAAUCGUGGCAAAACAAUCACGAAUUGCAAAUAUUUUCUAAAGAAUUUAAAGAAGACAUGGAAAAGAAUAAGGAGUGAAAAAUAUAAUUAAGAAAAGAAAGAAGAAAAAUGUACGUACCAG